AUGGUCGAAAUAUUACUACGCUUUGUGCUAGCUGAUAACAACACCGACUUCUGCACGAUGUGCGCAAUGAUGUAUGUCCGGAAGAAAAACAAGUUGUUAUCACCGGACAUUAUCAUUAUAUCGACCAUCAGCAUCGUGUAUAAAAGGGCAUCACUGAGUGAGGAUGCCUCAUUCGAUUCGAGAAGAUGGCUCGCUGAGGAAGAUCUGGCUCGACAGGAAGGCGAAGACGCAACGUCGAGGCGAACAGCAAGCAUGGACCAUCGACUCGGAUCACCGGCUCUGAGGAAGACGAAGACGUCGAAACGUUAG